CGGGAGACGCGCUGAGUGCGGUAAUGCAUCAAGUCUGUCACUUGCGAAUUUGCUUCAGCCCAGUCACAACACCAUAAAGACACAUAUCAAGAUGGAAGCAUUGCCUGACUGCAGAUUAGUUCAGCCAGCGUUGAAGCUUCAACAAAUAGCGGUGCAAGACUGUCGAGAGCGACAAUGGGCUGGAAACUGCGGCUGCGACGGAUCCUGCGCGUUCCAGUUCUUCAACGACGACAUGGAGAUUGUCGACGUGAGAUCAAAGCCAGUAGAAGAGGAACAGCUUCAAGAAGGCUCGCCGCCGUUGAUUCUGCAUCUGCUGCUCAUGUGGUGAUUUCCCCGUGCAAGAAAGUGUACCCAUUGCGAGGAUUUGGAUACUACUUUUGAACCCGGAAUAAAUUCUUCCAGGUCAUUAGUUAUCAUGCUUAUUUGAUUCAUACUUUAACGAAGUAAAAACAACGAAGCCAUAUUCCGCCCGUUAAGUACGACACAGGACUCAAAGGGUACACAGUUAAUAGAUAUGUUACAUUCA